AUGAUCACCUUGCCUGGUCGGAGGAUCCUCCCUUUGUGGUUCCUCCACAGCGGUGACCCCGACGUGAUUGGAAGCAGCCUUCAAAAGCAGCAGAUCAUCAGCAGCGCCAUCGUCUACACUCCCGCAGCGAUGAGCAGUAAUCAAGUCUCAGCCAGCCAGCAACCUCGGCCUCUACAGGGAUACCACACGCAGGUAGCGACCGCUCCAGUCUGGUUACCUCUACGGCCUCAUCAGCGUCUAGGCACAGCACACUGCACCUACGGUCCACGUAAGAAGAGCAUUUUCUCUCCCGUCUACGCAGCAGCCAGCCACUACGCAGCAACCGCCCCGACUCACUGGGGACUUCACCGCAGCACCGCUCACCGCACGAAAUCCCGACUCACUGGGAUCAGCGGACUUCAGCCCCGACUCACUGGGGCUAGCGGCACUCAGUUCCGACCCACUGGAACUAGUGGCACUCAGUUCCGACUCACUGGAACUACUCUCUACUGGCACUGGCACGCUCCACAACAGAGCAUAGACAGCUGA